UCUCUCACACACGUAAAGAAAAAAAAAAGCAAUGGCUACAAAAACUACUUCAAAGCCUUCUCUUCUCAUAUUUCUAACGAUUUUGUAUCUCAUAUCGACCGUUCAUGUCAUCAUGGUCGCCGAGGCAAGGAAGAUCCAGGUCUGGACGCUGGCUACGGAUCAUUCCGGUGCGGGAAACUUAAUGGAUUGUUGGAACGCGGGGUUGGAGCUUAAGUCAUGCACCGACGAGAUCGUCAAGUUUUUCCUUAGUCAAAUUGCUACGAAUGGAGCGGCGGUUAAAGGUGGAAUCGACAAAGAUUGUUGUGGAGCAGUUGGGUUGAUCGAAAAAGAUUGUUGGUCCGUUAUGUUUACUUCUUUAGGGCUUACGACUAUGGAAGGGAAUAAUCUGAGAGAGUAUUGUGAUUUUCAGGCGGAGAAGUCGGAAUUGUCUCCGUCUCCGGCGUCUGAAACUUUCGCUUUGUCUCCCGUUGAGAUUACGUACCCCGGACUUAAUUAA